UCCAUCUUGAAGUUGGCCAGGUUGAGAACCACUGCUCUAGGUGGGGUAGGCUUCAACUCCCCAAUUUGUUUUCAGUGGCCAGGCUUAUUAUGGAUUCUGGGAGAUGAAGUGGGCACUAUAUUUCCCUUUAUCUGCUUCUUUGUUCUUCAAAUAGAAGUGGUCCCACUGCCAUUCUUUCUCCACUCCUUUCAAGCUGUCAUUACUCUGGGUGGCUUUAACCACCGCGUCCUUUAUGGUGUGCCCCAUCCUUCUCUACAGAUGCUGCGGGACAAGUUCCGGGAAUUCUCACGGGACACCAGCACCAUUGGUCAGGAGAGAGUGGACAGUGUCAACCGGCUGGCGGACGAGAUGAUCUCCACUGGCCAUUCUGAAAAUGCCACCAUUGCGGAGUGGAAGGACAGCUUGAACGAGGCCUGGGCAGAUCUCCUGGAACUCAUUGACACCAGAAGCCAGAUGUUGGCAGCUUCUUAUGAGUUACACCGCUUCUACCACGAUGCCCGGGAGACUCUCAGCCAGGUUCAGAACAAACAGAAGCAGCUCCCGGACGAAGCAGGGCGGGACCUCAACACGGCUGAAGCCCUGCAGCGGAUGCACACAGCCUACGAACAUGACAUUCAGGCCUUGAGCGCACAGGUAAAACAGGUACAGGACGAUGCAGCACGGCUGCAGAAGGCCUAUGCUGGGGAAAAGGCUGAUGACAUCCGGAAGCACGAGCAGUCGGUGAGCGAGGCCUGGUCUGACCUACUCAGCCGCAGCAGCGACCGUCGCCAACUCCUUGUGGACACUGUGGACAAAUUCCGCUUUUUCGGCAUGGUGCGGGACCUUCUGCUGUGGAUGGAUGACAUCAACCUUCAGAUAGAUGCACAGGAGAAGCCCAGGGAUGUGUCAGCUGCUGACCUGGUCAUCAAGAAUCAUCAAGGGAUCAAGGCCGAGAUGGAGGCCCGGACCGACAGCUUCAAUGCCUGCAUAGCUAUGGGAGACGACUUGUUGGCUAAGGGGCACUACGCUUCUACGAAGGUUCGUGUAGUGGCAGUGCAAAAGACCGUGGUUAUUGCGAGGAACUAGAGACAUAUUUUGACUUCUUCCUAUUAAGAAAAGUCUAGAAGCGUAGAGCUCAUUCUGAGCUGACCUGUUUGUUUUUCCAUUCUUGCUUGCUGAACAAGGUGAAUCUUCAAACAGCUUCAAAGUUUUUCCUGCUCUGAAAGUCUCAGACUUUGUAAUCUCAGCGCCACAGGCCU